GGCAGGGCUCACUCCUCUCGUCUUAGGAGUUUGCCGUGGCGGUAACACGCGCUUGAAAGGGCUGGAACUCUUCAUUAACUGAACCAGUGACUUGGUGAUGGGCUUGGAUGGGUAGCUCAGCUAACUGUGGUACAGGAAUAGACAGAACACUAAAGCUGUUAUCUUAUAAACGUUUGUGGAUGCGUUGUGUACAACUCUACGUAAAAAGAUGUUACUGUGGGUGUUUGUGGGCGUGGCUGUGAUGGGUGUUGGCGGGGAAGUGAGUGAAGGCGGCCCUCACUCACCGCUGAGGAAGGAUGGGUCAUACUGGCAGCAAGUCUUCUCUCCCAGCACCUCACACAGUACCAACAACAUGGAUGGCGACGCCUACAACCCGGCUAGCGACAGUCACAACUACAACACCAGCCUCCUCAACCAAGGCAGCUUCUUCAGUAUAGUAAACCAGAACGGAAACAUGUACAAGUUACUCAAGAACAGCAUAGGAACAGGCGUCAUGGAUAGGGUCAUGAAUUACUUCUUUGAGAAGAUGGGUACCAGACGCAGCAGGAGUUUUGGGACGACAUACUUGGCGGACCAGAACAACCACCAACCACACGCUAACUGGUUUCACGGAGACAAAAAUACAUACACCUGGUAUGAGGGAGAAGGUGAACUGCGCACGCGUGAGCCAGUGAAGGCUCCCAAUAGACAAGCUAGUGACGAUGGCGCUUGUAUUGAUGUGUACACCAGCUUCCACAGCAGCAGCUUGUGUCUGGACGUGUCCACCGCCAUCGCCAUCGCUGCUCUUGCUGUCCUCCUCCAGAUCUUCUUCUCCUUCUCCGUCGAAUCCCUUUGUCCAGCUUCCAACUCGUUCGGUAAUUUUGAUGAUGUGGUUUUCAGCAUUAGAAAUGCAAAUAAUAUCACAGUUGAAGCCGAUGGUGGUAACCAGAUGCAGGCUGAGGAACAGUUCCAAGAACAGCUGCAACAUGAAGAUCAGAACCAACAACAAGAUGAGCAUCAGUUACAAAUCCAGACUCAGAGUCAGCAUGAGCAACAGGAUCAAAAUCAAAAUCAGGGAGAGUCUCAGACUAAUACCCAGACUGCUGAUAUAACUGAUAAUUCGGUUGAAGAUGAAAGAUCUCUAAAAGAACACCAUCAUCGAUCAGCACGGUCUGGAAACACAAGGUCUCCGUUUCCUCGUUCAGGUCCAGGUCACAAGCCUGUGAAAGAACGAGUGAAGAACAAGAUGAAGAACCUUCUUGAUGAUCAAGAAGGUGGUAACGACUCCCGGGGCUUCGGUAUGUUGGCCUCGAUGAGGGCAUGGUCAAUGUGGCCAUUGUGGCAGGAAAUGGCUAAAUCGUUCACUGAAUCUCGCUUCUUCCCCAAACGAAGCUUAUGCCCGGCACUGAGAGGAUUUGUUAGUGGUUAAUUGCAAGUCUUUGAUCUACGGCUGAUAACCGCUAAGAUGUGACUAUAUACAAUUCACGAACACGUCUAUAUUUGAAGACUCAUCCUGCCUGGGAACGAACUGAAAACAAAAUGUGAGAGCUGAUGCAUUGUCUUCAAAUUAGUAACUAACUGUAUUGGAUUAUACCUGCACAAAUUAACAUAAACACAUAGGCUGAUCACGAGAAACACGAGGAAGGGGAAGCAACUCCAAGAGUCUGACAAAGAGUUUAAUCUAUAUAUAAGAGAAUAAGAGUCUUCGUAAGAGUCACAUCGAACCUGAAACACACAAAUCCUGUACCACCAGUGCAAAGACUGGUAGAUGAAAAAUGAUGUCUUCAGGUAUUUACACACAGCAGUAGUUUAGAAUGCGGUACACCACAUACACACGAGCAAUUAUUGAGUAUUCGGCGCCAGCAUGAAUACCUUUGUUCGUCACUCAGGAGUUACAUAGACAAGUGGAAGAGAACCCCGCGUUGUUGGAGAAGGCCGGGACACAUGAGAGGGAGCAGAAUGAGUGGAAACAAGAGGAACCAGAACGAGGAGACACACACACACA